GCGGCGUCCCCAGGCUUUCCCUCAGAACCGAGCGCUGCGUCGCGGGUCGCGCCCCGAGGGUCGACCCUGUGCUUCAGGUAUUUUUGGAGUUAAUGGAGUCAGAAGUACCCCCAGAGUCAGAGAGUUCAGAAAAAUUAAUAUUUUCUUCACCACAAGAAGAAGAGGAAGAAGAUGAUAGUGAAAAAGAAAAAGAAUCCAGAGAAGCAGAGGAAACUGUCACCAUUAACCCCCUCUUAUCACCUGCUCUCACAGGGGAUGUAGAAGGUUUGCAGAAGAUUUUUGAGGAUCCUGAGAACUCUCACCAUGGGCAGGCCAUGCAGCUACUCUUGGAGGAAGACAUCGUUGGGAGAAAUUUGUUGUAUGCAGCUUGCAUGGCUGGGCAAAGUGAUGUGAUUAGAGCUUUGGCCAAAUAUGGUGUGAAUCUGAAUGAGAAAACCACCAGAGGUUACACACUCUUACACUGUGCUGCAGCCUGGGGUCGAUUGGAGACUUUGAAAGCACUGGUGGAACUGGAUGUUGAUAUAGAAGCUCUGAACUUCCGGGAGGAGAGAGCUCGAGAUGUUGCUGCUCGAUAUUCCCAGACUGAGUGCGUUGAGUUCCUGGACUGGGCAGAAGCAAGGCUGGCACUGAAAAAAUAUAUUGCAAAGGUCUCUGCAACUGUUACAGAUACAGAAAAGGGACCAGGGAAGCUUUAUAAGGAAGACAAGAAUAUUCUCCUCAGUGCAUGCCGUCUAAAAAAUGAAUGGUUGGAAACCCAUUUGGAAGCUUCCAUUAACGAGCUCUUUGAGCAGAAACAGCAAUUGGAAGAUAUUGUGACUCCUAUCUUCACAAAAAUGGCUACACCACGUCAAGUGAAAAGUGCCAAAUCUGUACAGUAAGCCAUGGUCAGAAAAGAGGUCAAGAUCAUACCUUCUAUUGAUGUGCUUAUGUCCAGACUUUCUGGCCUUGCCUCUGCCGUUGCAAGUCAGUCUAAUGUGAGUUCCACAUGUUCCUUCCAGAGAACACUUGAGUAUGAGUCACUCACAAAGACCAGAUGGGAGUUAUAAAAGCUGCUUAGAGAAUCUGACAGUUUUCUGUGUGAUUGAGGCAGGGAAUUUCUCUUCAAUUGAGGGAUUUUUUUUUUUAAGACACAUUGACCAUUUCCAGAGGAAAAAAUUGUUCUCCCUUCCUCAAAAGGAAAGCUAUGGGAUGACAUUCUGGAGCAAGGAAAUAUUAAGGAUGGUUCAGAUGAGAGUCCUCUGCUCACCCGCCUAGGUUGGAUGCAUGAGACAAGUGCUCGGGGCUGGUGCACUGGGAA